AGUCGCAGCUACUGAGCUUCAAAUCUUCCAAGACAGGGCAUGCAGAACAGAGAAGCCGGUGAAAUGGCUAUCCAAAUCGACACGGCAAAGUCGCAGAGUUUUAAGACGACGAAAACUUGAGGCCGCCACGGGAGGCAACUUGAAGCGGCCAUGAUCAGAGAAGUUCAGUAUCCGAAUCUGGAGCGCGCCAGGGCAGUACUUAAUGCCACGGCGAAUCCAUCGAUCCACAUGACGCCGGUUAUACAGGUCGCCAGGGCUGGUGCUAGCGGAAAUCCCAAAGUCCCGAUCGUCGAUGAUGACGCGGGGCGCCGAGCGCCAGAGGCCCCUCCACCGCCGCGACAGCAGGCACGUCCGCACGAACUGCGGGGCCGGGAGGAAGGACAAGACGGCGUGGAGGAGCCCGUCCGGCAGCGCGCUCAACCGGUCCACGUCGGCGGCGGCGGCCGGGCCACAUCCACAGGCGCGCUUCGCCUUCGGCUCUGAGCGCGGCAUCUCCACUUCCUCGGCUAGCGCGUGAUUAUUAUCACGGGGCAGUCAAGGAUCUCGAGCUCUGGAUCCCUAAUUCCCCGUGGCCACGCGCGCGCCGCCGUGGCAACCUCACAGGUGGUCGGAAUCCCCGAGAAGGACUGGAAGAUGAGACCUGAGCACCGCGACGGCGCAGACACAGAAGGCCGGUCGACCGUCGACCCGGUGGGGUGGGGGCGGGCGGGCAGGCUUUCUUUAACUCGGGCUCUGGGCUUUGGAGAUGGGCCGACGAAGAAGAUUUAUUGUAAUUCUUUACCCUUAUAAUUGAAUUACAACUGUAUUUUCUUGUACACAAGAAACCCUGGAAUUUUUCUCCACCCAAAGUUAGUGUUUGGGUAAUAUGUUGCCAGUCC